GGAGGGCAGGGGCAGACUGACCAUUCAAGCACUAGGGCACUGCCCGAGGGCCGGGGGUCAGUAGGGGGCCCCAUAAAAUGCCCCAGGUACCUUUUAUAGGCUUUUUUGGUUUGGGCAAGGACACAGGGGCCCCAUGAUCCCCUAUUGCCCGGGGGCCCCAUGAGUUGUCAGUCCGCCCCUGGUUAUGAUCAUAAAGCUCUAUUUUGGUCUCGUCACUCCAGAUUACAAUGUGCCAGGAGCUGUGGGGAGUGUCAAGGUGUUGUCAGGCAUAUUGUAAUCGGCUUUUUUGUGGCUUUUUUGAGUUUGGGCAAGGACACAGGGGCCCCAUGAUCCCCUAUUGCCCGGGGGCCCCAU